CCCCCCCCCCAUCCUUCCGAGCCCCGGUCCGCGCCCGGCCCGCGGAGAGCCCGGGGAGGCGGGAUGGGCAAGAGCUGCAAGGUGGUGGUGUGCGGGCAGGCCUCGGUCGGCAAAACCUCCAUCCUCGAGCAGCUGCUCUACGGCAACCAUGUGGUCGGCUCGGAGAUGAUCGAGACCCAGGAGGACAUUUACGUGGGCUCCAUCGAGACGGACCGCGGCGUGCGGGAGCAGGUUCGCUUCUACGACACGCGGGGGCUGCGGGACGGGCUGGAGCUGCCCAAGCACUGCUUCUCCUGCACCGACGGCUACGUGCUGGUCUACAGCACUGACAGCAAGGAGUCCUUCAAGCGCGUGGAGCUGCUCAAGAAGGAGAUCGACAAGUCCAAGGACAAGAAGGAGGUCACCAUCGUGGUUUUGGGCAACAAGUGCGACCUGCAGGAGCAGCGCCGGGUGGACCACGAGGCAGCCCAGCACUGGGCCAAGGGCGAGAAGGUGAAGCUGUGGGAGGUGUCGGUGGCCGACCGGCGCUCGCUGAUCGAGCCCUUCAUCUACCUGGCCAGCAAGAUGACGCAGCCCCAGAGCAAGUCUGCGUUCCCCCUGAGCCGCAAGAACAAGGGCAGCGGAUCCAUGGAUGGCUGAGCCUUCUUCCCCUCUCCCUUCCGUGUCCACCUCCUCUUCCUCACCUCCCUGCUUCCCUCGCACGCACACCUCCUGGUGAGCCUGUCUGGAGUCACGGAGCCUGCGGGAAGCAGGUGGCGGGAGGAACAGUCAUCCCAGGGCUGGGAAUGGUCCCUGAGGAUGAGAGGCGGUGGGACAGGGACCACCCUUCUCCCUGGCUGGCCUCUGCACUGUGGGAGGUGCUGCAGGAAGGCUGGGAAUUCACCCAGUGACCCCUCUGCUCUCGGGUACAGGCGGGGAGGGAGUGGCAGAGGAACGGGUUGGCCGGCACCUGGGGAGCAGCUCUGUGGCCAGGCCGGAGAGAACAACUCCCUCUCUCUUUUCUAUUUCCUGAUACCACGUGGGAAGAGCCCCUUUGCUGUCCCUGCCUCCAGCUGAGCAGCUCUCCCUGCCCUGCCCCAGCUGGCUCUGCGCUGCAGCUCCUUACCUGGCAGUGCCCACUGCUCCUCUAUGCACAGGAAUAUCCAGGCAUCCUGCCCCAGGGAAUGCCUAGAGUAGGGCAGGUGCUGUUCCUGAGGGCAGGGUGCCCAAAUCCACCAAUCCAGCUCUCCUCUUCCUGGGUACAGACUCAGCCAUGACCUUGAAACAACUGGGACUGUGCUUACCCUGCACACCUGGAUCCCUGGAGGAGCUGGGACUCUGCUUACCCUGCACACCCGGAUGCUCUCCCUGCCCACCUGUCACGGUGCUGCCUCCUCUCAGAACUACCAUAAAACCAAAGCACAGGUGUCCCAGUGCUGUCCAGCACCACCAGUUCCCUUCAGGUAGACUGGAUGUAGGAAAAGAAACGACAAAAAAGGAUGUAGGAAAAGAAAUGACAAAAAACCCUGCCCUGUUUAUAUUUGUUCCUUUUAUUUACUGAGUAACACAAUAAAGCGAUGAGAUUCGAUUAUCAAAA